CCGUCGUGCGUCCCCUCUCUCCCCCGCAGAGCCCGGGACGCCGCAGGGCAUGGAGUCCUUCCUCAGGAAGCGCCUGACCUUCCUGGCCUCCUUCUGGGACAAGAUCUGGCCGGCAGGUGCGCCGCCCUUCCCGGACCCCGACGCCGACGUGGAGCCGGAGCCCGCGGCCGGGGAGGCCGCCGCCUCGGAGCCCCGCAGCGGCCCCGCGCCCGCGAGGCUCUUCACGGCGCUGUACGACUUCAGGGCGCGGAGCGCAGAGGAGCUGAGCGUCCGCCGCGGGGACAGGCUCUGUGCCCUCAGGGAGGAGGGCGGCUACGUCUUGGCCCGCAGGCUCUCAGGCUGGCCCAGCACCGGGCUGGUGCCCAUCGCAUAUGUGGCGGAGGCCGCCCCCGAGUCGCUCUCGGACCAGCCCUGGUACUUCAGCGGCAUCAGCCGAACCCAGGCCCAGCAGCUGCUCCUGUCCCCCGCCAAUGCGCCCGGGGCCUUCCUUAUCCGGCCCAGCGAGAGCAGCCAUGGGGACUUCUCGCUGUCAGUCCGGGCCCAGACCGGAGUCUGCCACUACCGCGUCUCCACGGCAGCCGAUGGCAGCCUCUACCUGCAGAAGGACCGGCUCUUCCCCAGCCUGGAGGAGCUGCUGGCUUAUUACAAGGCCAACUGGAAGCGGACCCAGAACCCACUGCUGCAGCCCUGCGUGCCCCAGAAGCCCCCCGAGUGGGACGAGUGGGAGCGGCCACGCUCUGAGUUCACUCUGCGGAGGAAGCUGGGCAGAGGCUACUUCGGGGAGGUGUGGGAAGGCCUGUGGCUUGGCUUCAUGCCCGUGGCUGUCAAGGUCAUCAAAGCAGGUGGGUGUGGCCCCAGAGCCCGGGCAGAGGCAGUGGGCCAGCGGGCAGAGGCGGGUCCUGGAGUGCUGCCCUGUCCCACAGCUGACAUGAAGCUCGCUGACCUGGCCCAGGAGAUCCAGACGCUCAAGAGCCUGAGGCACGAGCGCCUCAUCCGGCUGCACGCGGUGUGCUCCGCAAGCGAUCCCGUGUACAUUGUCACCGAGCUCAUGCGCAAGGGCAGCCUGCGGGCCUUCCUAGGCAGCCCCGAAGGCCGGGCCCUGAGCCCGCCUCUCCUGCUGACCUUUGGCUGCCAGGUGGCUGAGGGCAUGAGCUACCUGGAGGAGCAGCGCAUUGUACACCGGGACCUGGCAGCCAGGAAUGUGCUUGUGGGCGACGACCUAGCCUGCAAGGUGGCCGACUUUGGCCUGGCCCGGCUGCUCAAGGACGAUUUCUACUCCCCGAGCAGCCGCUCCAAGAUCCCCGUCAAGUGGACGGCGCCCGAGGCGGCCAACUACUGCGUGUACUCCCCAAAGUCGGACGUCUGGUCCUUUGGGGUCCUGCUCUACGAGGUCUUCACCUACGGCCAGUGUCCCUACGAAGGAAUGAGCAACCACGAGACUCUGCAGCAGAUCUCGCGAGGGUACCGCCUGCCGCGCCCCGCCGCCUGCCCGGCCGAGGUCUACUAGCUCAUGCUGGAGUGCUGGAGCAGCUGCCCGGAGAGGCGGCCCGCCUUCGCGGCGCUGCAGGGGAGGCUGGGCGCUGUGGGCGGGCGCCGCCGCCCGGCCCUCACGCCCCUGGGCCUCCUCAGCCCCAGACCAGAACAGGCGCUGGAGCUGACGGUAUGGUCCGCCAGCCCGGUGAUGGUGGUGGAGGAAGUGCUGGCCCCUGUGUGCCUCGUCAAGGAGGCCCCACGCGUGGAGCUGGCUUGA